CUACCUCAUUCGAACCCCUGUAGUUCAACGAAUCAGUUGUCAAGAUAGCAUUAACAAUGCGCACCCUAAUAAGCUACCUAAUUGUGACGUGCACAGUCGGGUUAGUCGCAACAAUCUCAAGUCCCGAACUUGAUCCCAACUCUAUCGACUGGAGUACGGUUCGGACUCUAAGGGAAACGGACAAAUUCCGAGCGAAAUUCGGCCUCCCUCCGCUGAGCGACGAUGAAAUCCGCAAACCUCGUAUCUCCGGAGGAACCAUCGCUUCACCAACAGAUAUUCCAUGGGCUGCCGGUGUGUUGAUCCACGGAGGCACCUCCGGACACAGCUUCUGCAGUGGUGUGCUGAUCUCCAAGCGCUACGUACUGACGGCUGCCGUUUGUAUUUCCGGUGAGAGCACCCUGACCGUAAUGCUGAACUCCGCAGACAUGAAAAACAUUGGCACCCUGAUCAGCGUAUCGCAUAUCAACCCCCAUCCAAACUAUAGUUGGCUUUUGGGACGAGAUGACAUCGCUCUUCUUACUCUGAGCCGUGACGCACCAGUGGACGAUGUUACGAUUCGCCCGGUUCAGAUGCCACGGCGGUCGGAUGUUGGUAAGAGCUUCGUCGAUUGGACUGCAACGACCGCCGGUUGGGGUAACACCGGAAACCGAGAUAACGAACCAAUCCCAACACAGUUUUUGCAGUUUGCAGUGGAUAGGGUCUCGUCGAACUUGUCGUGUCAAUUGUCGUAUACUUGGAUCCGCAGUACACACAUCUGUGUAGCUACGAACAAUGGAGGACCGUGCAAUGGUGACGAAGGUGGUCCGGUAACAGUUCGUGAGGCAGGAAGGACCUACCUUAUUGGCAUCCAUUCGUUCCACUUCAAUGGAAUUUCGGGAUGCGAUCGUGGACGUUCGGCUGUGCAUACUCGCAUUACGGAGUACCUCGACUGGAUUGAGGAGAACUCCGAUGUGGUAGUUCCGGAGUGAUCAUCUUUUUU